CAUUAUUAAAUAAUAUCAAAUUUGAUACCGAUGUAUAUUUAAUUACCUAGGAAAAUUACUUCGUACGGUUUAUUUGCCAAGUCAAAACUGAUAGUCCUUUAUUAAAAGAACGACGACCCACUCAAAUUUGCAAUAAUUGAUGAUGAAUUACUAAGUCUGAACAUUUCAUGCGUAUUGAUACAACGGAUCAAUAUUGGACCAGAAAAUUAAAAAUUAUCCUGGUGUGCCUCAUUCUUGUCGUGUUACUAUAGUCAAUUAUACCUAUAAAUACGGCCUCAUUUUACUCUGAUCAUCACAUAGAAGUGUAGAACUUCAUAGACUAUAGUUAUCAAAAAAUGGCUUCAAGCAGCUUCCUCUUUCUUCAUGUGUUAGUCAUGCUUUCUCUAGCAGGUAUGGCAUUUUCGGACUUGUCAGAUGAUUUCUACGAUGAUAUUUGUCCCCAUGCUUUACCAACCAUUAGAUGGGUUGUUGAGGAUGCAGUCUGGCAAGAGAGGCGAAUGGGCGCAUCUUUGCUACGUUUACAUUUUCAUGAUUGUUUCGUUAACGGUUGUGACGCUUCGAUUCUUCUUGAUCAAACGGAUACUAUUGAUAGUGAAAAGACUGCUCGUGCUAAUAACAAUUCUAUUAGGGGAUUUGAAGUGAUUGACCGAAUUAAGACGGAGGUUGAUAAAGUUUGCGGACGUCCAGUUGUAUCUUGUGCAGAUAUAUUGGCAGUUGCAGCUCGUGACUCCGUAGUUGCUCUACAUGGACCAACUUGGGAAGUGCAACUAGGAAGAAGGGACUCAACCACAGCAAGUAGAACCACAGCUAACAAUGACAUUCCAUCUCCGUUAAUGGACUUACCUGCACUUAUCGACAACUUCAAGAAGCAAGGUUUGGAUGAGGAAGACCUUGUUGCUCUCACCGGUGGUCACACGCUAGGGUUUGCUCAGUGUUUCACCUUCAGGAAUCGCAUCUACAAUGAGACUAAUAUUGACUCCACCUUUGCGAGCCAACGUCAAGAGAAUUGUCCACGUAGUGGAGGUGAUUCCAACCUUGCUUCCCUUGAUCCUACGCCGGCCCUUUUCGACUCGAAAUAUUUCAGUAAUUUGGUGUCCAAGAAAGGGCUUUUGCAUUCUGAUCAAGCAUUAUUUAGUGGUGGGGAAACUGAUGAUCUUGUUAAAACCUAUAGCAUGAACCUAAGGAGUUUCUCCAAAGAUUUUGCUGAAUCUAUGAUUAAGAUGGGUAAUAUCAAGCCAUUGACUGGGGAUCAAGGUCAGAUUCGUGUCAACUGCAGGAAGGUGAACUAAG